AUUAGGUUGUGAUCGUUCGCCACGGUCUGACCGUUCGCUGGAGCUCGUCAUCGUUGUCGGCGUCCAAGUCGAUAAAUCUUUAUUAGAUUCGAAGUGAAAGUGGUGAAAAAGUGCGCCUUGGCUUCUCAAUCAACUAGCAUUGAGAGAAUGUGGAACAAGUUCGUUGGCUUAUUGCUGCUGAUUUCUCAGAUAAAGACAAAUUUCUCCAGAACCGCUGUAGAAUCGCAAGUGGAUGAUAAAUGGGAGAACAUCUAUGGAGAGCAAUUUAUGAAAGAUGACGGCUGUAAAAUUUCUUUGGGCAAAGAACUCAACAUUAAGCAACCGCUUUUUCUUGUGCCGGGAACGGAAACAUUCUACACCCCAUUGCCCAACACUACAGACCUAAUGUUCCACUCGGGAGAACAACUAGAACUAUUCUGUACGCGUGGAUUUGCCAAUUCGGAUGCGGUUCCAAGCAAAACGACCUCCAUCGUAACAUCAUGUGACGGAGACGACGGGUUCAUCCACAAUGGAGAAACCUACAACAUAUCACAACUUACUUGUAGAGCACCGGUAUUUCAUGUUGCGGUUCGGACGGGUGGCCGUUGCUUCAACGAAGCAAGUUUAGUGAAAAUCGGGUUUGACAUGGGUUCUCGUUUCGCCAAAAUUUACGAAGCUUGUUUUGACGAAAACUCUAUGCAAACGUACUAUGUCAAACACAGUUUGUCACCAGCUAAUGCGAAACACCAAUCCACGAAGCGACCACCAUCGUUCAUCCAGGGAGAUUUUUAUCCUUCCUUGAGGAUGACUAAGCUCUACAAUAUAGAAUCGCAGCGGAAGACGUUUGAGAAGAUUCUUGGCUCUUCAGCACGCGCAGAUGCUUUGUUGAACAGCAAACAGGAUAUGUUCCUAGCACGUGGUCAUCUAGCUGCAAAAGCUGACUUUGUGUUUGGUGCGCACCAACGUGCAACGUUCUGGUUCAUUAACGUCGCACCGCAAUGGCAGAAGUUUAACGCAUUCAACUGGCAGCGCAUAGAAACAGGCGUAAAAGACUUUGUUGCGCGUAAUGAUCUGAACGUUACUGUUUAUACUGGUACGUACGGUAUUCUGGAGCUUGCGGAUGCAAACGGCGAUAUGCAGCCAAUUUACUUGGAUAUCGAUCCCGACAACGGUGGGCGGAUACCGGUUCCGAAAGUGUACUACAAAGUGCUACACGACGAGCAAAACGAUGCAGGAAUUGUGCUGAUUGGAGUUAACAAUCCACACGCAACGAUGGAUGAGAUUAAGGAUAAUUACAUGUUUUGUGAGGACGUUGCCGAUAAAAUUAGCUGGCUAAAAUGGAAGCGUGAUUUCAUCCCUGGAGGAUACUCUUAUGCCUGCGAUGUGAACGAAUUUAAUGCUGUUACCAAUCAUCUGCCACUGAAUAAUAUUUCUAAUUUAUUGACAUAACGGAUAUUGCAUAGUGAUCGACUUUUUUAAAUCACUUUAUGUCUAUGUUGAUUACUUUUAUGCGAUGUAAAUAGAGUCAAGGUAAAAUGCGAAAAAAUAACGACAGAAAUCUUGAAGUUUCUUAUUAGAUUUCAAAGAUUUCAAAUAUCUUAAGUUUUACUUCAUAACAUGUCAUCAAAAAUGCAUUAGGAAAACAAUCCAUGCUUACGAAUUAGUAACUUAUUAUCAGGGUAUUAGUUUAGCUGUCGGUAGUCAAGUUAAGCAUCAACUGUGUGUUGCAUCUUCGUAAAUGCGGGUUUCGUUAUAUUUCUUUUAACUUAACUACGCAUCUUUUGAAUGUUGGAUACAAAACUGAUAGUCAUUUCUUUUAUAUAAAUAUUUUCUGUAU